AUGGACCUUUACAACAUGCUGGCCGUGCUGGCCUGGUUCCUUUAUGUGCGCGUCUCUUUGUCCAUGAGAGUUCGUGAAGGUGACGACAUCCUCCCCCUCGUUGCACUGUUGAAAGGUGCUGUGGCAAAAGGCAUGACUCAAGGCGACGUGUGCACAAUGUUGGUAGAGCAUAGCAAGGACUUGAAGGAUGAGCAGUCGAUCUUUCGAUUCAUCACGCAAGUCUUUGCACUUGGGAGUGACUCCGUUGGAAAACUUCACCCUGUUGCAGUGCUGCGCUGCAUGGCUGUAUAUUUGAAAAUGCCACUGAAUAUCAUAGACAGCGACACCAAUGAGACUCUGCUGUUCCCAGCUGUGUUGGAUCAUCAACCAAAAUCCGUUCAAUAUCUUCUUGCCUCAGGGGUGCCGGGAAACUUCAGGAACUCAGACGGUGAAAAUGCUGCGGAACUUGCGCUUAUAUUCUGUCCAGAAUGUUUGAUAGACUUGCUGACCGGUGGAGUGAAUCCCAAUGAUGAGUUUCAGGAGAGUUGCAGCAAAGCAACCAUUUUGCAAGACGAGUGCCAAGCUGGGUGGAAUUUGGUGCAUUUCGCAGCUCAAGCGGGUGCGGCAACAUCAUUGAAGAAUCUGAAGCAAUACGGUGCUGAUUUCAAUGCAAAGGACCAUUUGGGGCUGACCCCUGUUUUGGUUGCGAUCAGACGGGGACGCUUGCAAGUGUUGUCAGAGCUUGGACGCCUCGGUGCCAGUUUUUUUCAGCGUCCACAACCAGCGCGGCUGGACUCCAGCUCACUAUGCUUGUCGGUACUUGGAUGA